AUGCAUAUUCUACAGAGUAGAUGUUUAUUCGUUUAUCCAUAUUGGAUAGCUGAUGAAAAGUAUAUAAGUUAUUGUGCAUGCAAAGCAACAUGCUGGUAUCACUCAGGACAUUUGCAGUAUGCAUACAUACAGAUGUACAUGGCAUAUACAGGCUGCUUGGAUAUAGCCGAUACAACAAUUAGUAACAGCCCUUUGAAAACAAAAGAUGGUGCCGAUGUAUUAAAGAGUGAAAGUGUCUUUAAGUUCAAAAACUGUACGAUCAAAACAUUGAAUGUUUUAAAUGAUUACACAGAUCUAAUAGGACUUUAUUUCUAUUCUUGCAAACUUUUUGAUGAAGCAGGGAACUCAGCAGUUGCAAUCCCAGAGCUGCCAGGGCUUUUACAUUUCGGUAUCACAGAUACUGAAGGCAUGCAAAAGUUAAAGAUAGGUACAUCAGCAGAUACGAAGUCGAUUUAUGUUACAAGCAAUCCAGAUCUAACAACAAUAGAAUUGCCAAACUCAGCAAAACUAAAAUACCUUGACCUUAGUGGCAACAAAAAUCUCAAUGCAAUAGCAAAUCCAGAAAUACUAAGUAAAAUGUCAGAACUAGAGAGUAUUAACAUCAGAGGCACAGCACUGACAUCACUAACAUGGUAG